AUGCAAAUCUCGUCCAAACAGUCACACAAUUUGCGACAACUUUUGUGGUCACAAACCAAGACAUUAUCGGCCAUCAAAUGCAGACAUUCCUCCACUGCUCACGAGUCCUAUCAAUACCUGCAGAAGAGCUCUUUGCCGACCGACAAGUUUCAGGCAUCUCUGCCACGACUUCCGGUUCCAGAUUUGGCCAAAACAUGUCAACGAUAUGUGGAAGCGCUGACGCCUAUCAUCGCCGACGACAACCAAUUAAACGCCACUAAAAAGUUGGUCAAAGAGUUUGAAUCGUCGGAAGGGAAGGCUCUUCACGCGGAACUGUUGGCAGAGAAUCAGCGAAACAAGAAAACCAGUUAUAUAUCUCAGCCGUGGUUUGAGUACUAUCUGUCCUCAAGAACUCCUUUGCCAAUCAAUUUCAAUCCAUUCCUCGCGUGGAAAGACGACCCGAAGAGUGAAUACAACACACAGUUAUUGAGGACAACAAAUAUGAUCAUAAGUGCAAUGCGUUUCCGGCGCUCAUAUGUGGAGCGACUUCUCUCUCCCGAAGUGUUUCACAUGAAUCCAAUCAAAAGCGAUACUCAAAUGUAUAGAAAUGUCAUGAAAUGGACGCCAAGACAAGUGGCCACUUAUGCCUCCUUUGCUUUCAAAGCGUUUCCCUUAGAUAUGAGUCAAUUCGAGGCUCUUUUCGCGUCGACACGAAUACCAAAACAAAAUUUCGAUGAAUUGAUUCGUUUCCCGGACUCAAGACAUAUAGCGAUCUUAAAAAACGGACAGUUCUUUGCGUUGGAUGUGUUGGACGCGAGCGGAGAUUUGAAAGAUCCGUCUGUUAUAAUGACAUGCAUUCAACACAUCAUUGAUUCGCCAAUCAAUGCGACAGAAGAGUCAAUAACUUUGUUGACAACGGAAGACCGGGACGUGUGGGCCAAAGCCAGAGAAGAGUUGAUUAGUUCCAGCGCUCAGAACAAAGAGAACCUGAAUCUAAUCGAUUCCUCGCAAUUCAUCGUAUGUUUAGAUGACAUGAGUCUCGGGCCUAAGAGUCCGGAGAACUUAAUACGAGUCGCGCAUAACUUUCUGCACGGAUUCAGCGAUAAGACCAAAAACUAUGUGAACCGUUGGUUCGAUAAAUCGUUUACAAUACUCAUGACAAAAGACGGUCGACCGGCCGUUAACUUCGAGCACAGUUGGGGCGAUGGGGUCGCUGUCCUUCGCUUCUUCAACGAUGUGUAUCGCGACUCAACACAACACCCGUUCGUUCACCCGAACAGUCCAUUAAAUCGAUCAAUCGAUGUCUCCAAAGAGGUUAAGAAAUUAAAUUUUCAACUCAAUGACAGUCUCAAGGGUUAUGUGAUGGCAGCCAAAAGUAAUCACACGAAGAAUACCGAGAAUCUGACCUUAGAUUUCAUAAAAUAUGACAAAAUGAAUAGAGAUUACUUCAAACGUAAGAAAGUGAGUCCCGAUUCCAUGUUUCAGUUGGGCUUUCAAAUGGCUUUUUACGAGUUAUACUACAAAUUUGUGGCCACAUAUGAGUCGUGUUCGACCUCUGCCUUCAAACACGGGAGGACUGAAACCGUAAGAUCUGCGACAACGGCCACGAAAAACGCUUCGAUUGCUUUCGCUAAACAGCAAAAAGCGAGUGAUUCUGAAUUGAGGCAACUGUUGGACGAAUGCUCUAAAAAGCAUUUCCAACUCACAAAAGAGGCGGCAAUGGGUCAGGGAUUUGAUAGACAUUUGUUUGUUAUGAAAUAUUUGGCUCAAAAGACUGGAAAACCGAUUCCAGAACUAUAUCGAGACAAGAGUUUUGUUGACGCAAAUCAUUACGUGCUCUCGACGUCCACUUUAUUUGGUGAGGCCUUCGAAGCGGGAGGUUUCGGACCAGUCGUGGCCGACGGGUUUGGAUGCGGUUAUGGCUAUACCGAGAAUAUAUUGGGGACUAUAGUGUCGGCGUAUUCUCCGCACAGAAACGGCAAACAAUUUGUCGAUGCGUUUAGCGCUUCACUCGACAAAGUCUAUAAUGUUUUGGAAAAGUUUUAA